UUAACGUAUAAAAUUAAAUAAAAAAUUAAAUGGUUGUUAAAUUUAGGUAUCACAUACUCCUCUCCUCUCCCAUCGAGCCGUGCCUCACUCCCUCUCUCCGAAUCUCCAACCGCCGUCUACCGUCUUCCUCCUCCGAGGGCUCCGCCGUUUUCCGUGAAAGGUUAUACGAUUAUGUUCAUUUCUAAACUUUCAAGAGUUGGUGUUUGGAUGGUUAAAGAGCUUUGUAGAGGAAAAUCUAGAACCCUAACUAGUGCUGGAUAUACACACAGACCUUCUAGCCAUUACUUGCAAACACUGUCAGAAGCUAAGGUUUCAAGGGGAGCAAUCUUUCAAAAGCAUCGUCUUUUUUCUUCAGUAAAUAGCGCCCCUUCGGAGGAAGGGAGUGAGCCGGAGGAAGAGAUUUCUGUGACAUUUGUUGAUAAGGAUGGUGAUGAGAAGCUCAUUAAAGUUCCAGUUGGAAUGUCUAUGCUAGAAGCUGCUCAUGAAAAUGACAUUGAACUUGAAGGAGCUUGUGAAGCCUCACUUGCAUGCUCAACAUGUCAUGUGAUUGUUAUGGAUAUGGAGUACUACAAUAAAUUAGAAGACCCAACUGAUGAGGAGAAUGACAUGUUGGAUCUAGCUUUUGGACUUACCGAAACGUCUCGUCUGGGCUGUCAAGUAAUUGCAAAACCCGAACUAGAUGGAGUCCGGUUAGCUAUUCCUAGCGCUACUCGGAACUUUGCUGUUGAUGGGUAUGUUCCAAAACCACACUAGCUAGAUGUAAUAAAAAGCACACAUUUUUGCAGCUCCUGUAUUCUAUUGGAUCAAGAUCAAUUAUUGGUUUUUGAGUAACUUAUAUUGAUGAGUUCUCAUCAUCUAAAGAACUGAACUAGUGUAAUAGUAGUUCUCAUGAUUUGAGGGAAUUUUCCUGACCAUUUUAAUUUAUGGUAUGGUGUAUUAUGCAAUAAGAAAUUCUUGGAAGAGUUAUUUGUAUUGGCUUUUGUUGCCUUUUUAAUAAGGUAUGCUUAGCUUUGGGCUUCAUUAUAAGCUCAGCAGUUGUAUGUAAUACAUUAUACAUACUCAAUUUUGAAGAUAUGAAUUAUGCAUUAAAGUUUAGCAUAUACCAUUACUCA